AUGGAGGGUGUACGCCAAAAAUGUCGGCCCAAACACCAGGUCCUGAUUCUCAAGUGCUACCCACAGUAUCAGAAAGGUGUACAGAAUGUCAAACCGAAUUCGAGCGAACUCUCGUACCUGCUCUACUAUGCCAGCACUCGCCGAAGCAAGUUGACCAAGGUCGGCGCUUUUCUUGAGAAACGGGCCGCCCGGGAUGUAUGGCGCCGUAAGAUUGGAAACGUGCAGGUUACGCUUCAAAUCCUCAGCGCGCUCAUCGAGAAAGUACCCCGCGAUUUGCCCAUCUACGCACGAUCGGUCAUGACGGUAAUCGAAACGAUCCUACGUUCCAAUGACAUAACGAUGGUUGAGGAUUCUAUCGAGACUUUUGAGAUGUUUUGUUCCCACCAGGACAUGGCCGCCUUAUCCGCGGAACAGGACUUCGCGAGCCAGUACCGAGAGGUUGUGCGCACGUACGCGAGUUUCGCAGAUAUCGAGGCGACGUCCCAGGCGCGAGACGCUUCGAGCCCUCAACUAGCGAUCCGAUGGAGAAAUGCCGGACUACGAGCAAUCAAAGGCGUGAUCAGCUCGGAAGCGGGACUAGCUGCAGACGGCGGAGACUCGUUGAAGAUUACACUGCCGGUCAUUCUGCAGAACCUCUACAAUGGAGAGGAUGAUCUGCUCCUGACGUUGGAGAACAAACUUCUUGACUCGGAGAAAGCAGAAGCCGAUCUUUCGAUGCGCCCACGCCGAGUUAGCACUGCAACCGUAGAAAACGUCGAUGCCGUGGAUGGGGACCCGACCCUAGCGGCCCGGACCACGGCGGAUAUGGACAGACAAGCGGAGAUGGACGUACGGUUGCUUGCUCUCAGUUGUCUGGAACGCAUAAUCGUCACUGGAAGCGGUCGUGGUCAAAUCCGAGUUACCACCCAGGUCGUGUUGGAUUUCAUUCUGCGCAAAGGGAAGACGGAUAACCGUGGAAUGUCGCUGAAUACUAGGGAUACCUGGGAAACAUCUCUGAUUGAGCUUGUUGCCAAAUGGUGCCCGGUUCAGAUCCGCUUUAUCAUCUUGGCCGCUGCCAUGGAGCUCCUGCUGGACCUCAAGCCGACCGAAGGCUCUCUAGAUGGCCCUUUCACUAUCAUGUACAUGAUUGACCGAUUGUUGAAAUCGCCAGUGAACAUGAUUGGGCUCAGCGUCAUUGAUGUUUUGCUCGGUCUUAUGCAAUACAUGUCCUUCUUGCUCUCACCAUCGAGGGGCGAGAGGAUGACUGAGGAGGCCUCUGAGAACGGCAAUUCCGAGAAUAUGGGUGAACCGUCGGACAAUAAACAAGAGCUUCUUAGUUUGCUCCAGAAUUGCAUUGGCGACCUGACGACCCACAUAUACUAUGGUGAUCAGGUUGUCGAUAUGAUAAGAGCCAUUCUCACUCGUCUUCAGCCUGCCAGUUCCAAUGGUCAAACUGCGAACUCGUCAUUCCCAACCCAGCUCGAUGGCUUCGGCCCAGGUGCUGGCUCUCUUGGAUCCCCUGCAGAAGGAAAACAUAUCAUAUUCUUUUCGCCCACCGCAAAGGUCACCGCUCUCAAGGCCAUCAAAAACGUUCUUCUGGUCGCAAACUCCAAGAAACCCGCGGAAGCAGCCGGUGUUGAAUCGAGACACCGUGUCGGCAGCUACGUAUGGGAAGGAACGCAGUGGCUGCUGUGCGAGCCAAACAAAACUGUUCGCUAUGCCUAUGUCGAUGCGUUUCUGGCUUGGUUGCGAAUGGAAACCAACCAGGACGAUCUGAAGGUCAAGGAGAAGCCUGCGAAACAGAGUCAAUCUCCGAAGCGCGAGUUGGCCGACAUUGCCGAAAAGCCUGGAAAGCGAACUGUCAGCUCAAACACGGGUCAGCGAGAGAGAGCUUUAAUAAUGGCGCAAUCUAACUUCCUCCGUUUGCUUCAUUUGACGAUCUACGACAUUGCCCUCCAAUGCUCCCAGGAGAAAUCUGAAAUCAUGCUUCUCCAUCUUCUUCUGGUUAGCCUCGUUGAUAAACUUGGCGUGAAUUCUGCGAGAUAUGGGCUUCCAAUGGUCCUGAAACUUCAGGAUGACCUGACUACAGUGGAUAGCCUUAGCUCCGGUAUUGCCCAGAUCAACAUCGCUAGCUUAGUGUAUGGGUAUCUGUGGGCGUUGACCGAGAAGUUCGACUUGGAGAAUUGUCGCGUUGGAGGCGAAAUCAUGAAUGAAAUUGUCAAGAGACAGAGAUAUGGUAUUUGGGUGGAGCAGAUCCGUCUGCCGCCAGCCAGUCUCAACGAUAUACUCCAAGAUCGGGCAUCUCAGCGGGCGAAUAUCGGCAUGGAGCAGAUCAAAGAACUGACACCUUUCGGUUAUGGUAUUGAGGAACUCGUCAACCGCCUCGAGGAAGCCUAUAACGAGUUCAUCUUAUCGGCGACUCAUAGUCCGCCCAGCUCCCCUGGGCGGAACUUCACUACCCCUAUACUGGCGCAUGUCUCGUCUGCCGGAGCUGCCCAAAAGGCCACCCUUCUUCCAUCAACCGUCAAGGAGCAGAUGUUGUCAGCAUGGUCAAGGGAAACCUGUCUGGCGGCUGCUGAGAGAGAGAAAGCUGAAGCACUGUCCAUCAGCGGCUCGAAGUCGGGGACCAUGGCGAUGCGCAGUCAAUUCUACAACAAUGGCCAUGGCGACAGCUCUCCUUCUACGGCUUCGCCGGCAUCCGCUCAUCACGGUAUCUCGGGCGCAGCAGCAGGUCUGCCAAACGUCCGACGGACCAGUGCACCCAAUUCUUCAGGCUCCCAACUGAACGGCUCUAAUCGCGAUUCUCCUGUUCAUGUGAACGAGCUCCGUCGGGUUCUUUCGGUCAACAACGAGGGCCAACGCAGACUUAGCCCGCUCCGUGGCCGCUUGGAUACCGCCAACAGCAGUGUUAUUUCCUCAAGCAGUGAGAGCAUGGUCAGUGGAUUUUCUUUGUCUGAAAUUGAUGGCGAGGGAUCCUCGGUGAGACCCCAGUCCAUCAAGAACGGGCAUUUAGGUCCAGAAGCCGAUGGCAUUGAAACACCCAAAGCCUCGGCUUUGGCAUACGGCUCGGAGAAUGCUCGGUCCCAAUAUUCCUUCCAUUCUGGCGAGACAGGCCCUGAUGUCAUUCCACCUGUGCCCCCGAUUCCACCCUCUCUCUCAAUCCCCGGUGGUUUCCCCAAUGAAUCCCAACGCUCUUUAGCAUCGGCCGAUCGGCCAUCAAGUGCCCCUGGCCGGCCCCGCAGGAAGUCCAGCGCCAGCGCCAGCGCGAAAGCGGGAGCUCAUGCUACGUCUGGCAGAUCCCUCAGCAGACACAAGAGUCGAUCUAGCACAGGUCUCGCGGCUGCUGCUGACGGCGCCGAAAAUCCUAAAACCAAUGGCCAGGAUUAUGCAGAUACCUCGAGAAACAAUGUGCAAAAGCUGCUUGGCAGUUUCUUGUCCCCCAUGGACGCUGAGAGCAGAAAGCCUGUGGGCAGAUCGCGAACUGGUCGGCGCACGGCGACCGGAGGAAUCGGACGCCCUCCCUACUGA